UAAAUCACGAUAGAGACCUGAUUCAAGUAUAGCCUCAUCGUUCGGCCUUCUAAGAGUGACUCUCAAACUGUCAACUUCCUGACUAAGCUUUAUCUUUUCAGCUCGCAGUUCUACCGAUUCUGUCAUCCUCUGCAUUGCUAAUUUCCGUGCGUCUUCCAACUCUUCCUUGGUAGGACCUGGUGGUGGUGGCGGUUGCGGUGUUUCUCUGACUGGUGAAGGUGCUUGGCUAGGUUCAGAUUUAAUCUGAUCAACAGAAUCUGUCUUUGGUUGAGGAAUUGGUGAAUCGGAGCUAAUAGGUUUGGUUUCUUGAUGUAUUUUAGAGAUUAAUGAUGACUUUACUCUAUCAACUUGUUUCUCUGCAUUGAGUAGCUUAUCCCUCGUGGAUUCCCAUUGGGAUUUACAGUCGUCAAGUUGCAACCUCGUCAAACGGAGCUCCUGUUUGUAAGAAUUAGAUUGUUGUUGGUACAUGUGAGCUUGCUUUUGAAGGUGUACAGCAUCUGGGGACUGAUUCCGUGUGGCUGUUGUAAGUACAGAACCAAUCAACUCCUUGGUGGCACCGGAUCGAACAGAUAAAGCAGAAUUUAAGAGAGCGAGGUCCUCACUAUUUGAGUAUUCUAGAAAAUCUUUGAGAGCGUCAUUUGAUUGUAUUGAAGAUGAAGGUACUAUAACAAGUUGAAGUACGUCUAUUAAUUCAUUCCAGCAGACUUCAACGGAAGAGAGGGAGGAUUGAAGGGAGUUUGACUUAGAUUCUAAGUCUUGUAGUCUAUUAAGUGAGUGCUCAUAUUGCCUCUUAUACUCCCUCAUCUGCCUCCAAAUCGCUUCCUUCCUGAAUUGCUAACGAGAGGUUAGAGAUAUGAGUUAAUAAGUAAACAACACACCUCUAAUAAAGCGUUAUCAUUAUCUAAAUCGCUAUUGCCGUCAUCAUCAAGUUUACGCUUUUUUUGAUCCAUCUCGUAUGAAUUCAAGUAGUGACAACCUUGAAGCUGAACAUUUAGAAGAAAUUUUAAAUUAAAAAUAUCUGAAUGUCGAUAAAGAAUUUUAAGGAUAAAAUAAACCCACUACUUAGUGACGAGCAUAAAGAGAAGCUCAACAGAGCAUACAGCGAUAAUUUAUUAGCUACACAAUCUAACAGGCGUAGCAACAACUACAUUAUUGCGAGAGUGGAGGACUGGUAUAGGGAUAGGAAGAAUCACAAUCCAGCAGCUUCUGCUAGUUUACAACUCAAAUCUGAACUCAUCUCUGAUCUCUACGAUAAGGAUCCAAAUUUUGGUAUAGGUACAUUCAGCGUACCUUUCCAGCUCCAGGAGGCCCCAUCAUUUCAUGGCGUGUAUACUAACACCUAUGGAAAUAUCCCUGCGAACUUCCCAGGCUCUUUCAUUCAGACUGGUCAACAAGCAGUUGGUAAUCCAACACCUCUGCACGUAUAUCUCAAUCAACAAGCAUCUUCAUCCUCAAAAUUGUUCGCAUCUGCUGUCUGGAAUCUAGCUAAUAGCGGAAGAUUAGUCGUUUUACCUGAAUCAUUUGCUUACAAUCGUGAAAGAGAGCGCGGUGCUGUAGCUGAAGUCGUCGCACCUUCAAAUACCGAUGCAUUUGCCGACUUUCUUGAACAAUACAAUGCGAUGCUAUCCACCAAUAACCAUGUUAACACACCCAAUAACACUGCAAACAGCACAGAUUCAUCAUUCGAUAAAAACAUCCACUCGAUUCCAUUUAAGAAGUAAAGAUUUGCAUAAAUAAUUAUUAUAUCUACUUGGAAACGCUUGGAUCAAGAUUUUGUACAUCCAACAAUAAGCUACCUGAAUCGAGCAUAACUCUGUUGUUAGAAUUACUGAUAACGUCAGCGAUAUCCCUCGCAGCUUCCAAUUUACGCAAGUGUAAGAAACCUUUGUUAUUCUGUAAAGCUUCACCAAUCAAUUCUGCUGAUCUUGCUUCACCAUUUGCUCUAACGAUGAUGGAUUGCUUUUCUUGGAUCGCUUGAUCGACCAAGAAGGCAGCUCUUUGGGCGACUUGCUGAGCAAUUUGCUUAGAUUCAACAGCAGUUGUGAACUCUGGAGAGAAAGUUACGUGUGUUAAACUGACAUCAUCGAGAACGAUGUUAAAUCUUGAUGCACGCUUCGUGAGGUUAUCCCUGACGAGCUUAGAUACCAUUUCUCUUUGGGUGAUCAAUUGUGAAGCAUUGAAUUGAGCAACGACAGCCUUGAGUACUUCGUUAACAAUUGAUGGUAAAACCCUUUCAUCGAAAUCUGUGCCUAAUUCUUUAUAUAUCGUUGAUAACUCCUCCUGACGUGGUCUUGAGAGUACACGUACUGUAAUGUUAACCAUUUGAAGAUCCUUUGUACCGGUUAAAGAGCCGAUGUUGCGUGGUUUCGCUCUAAUGUCCGUUAUAAUUGGUGUUUCAAGCCAUGGAAUCUGUGAACAUGUAAGUAAUUUCUAAUUAAUAGCAAAAGACCAACUCUAAAGUGAGUUCCUUCACCGUAAACAUCCCUCAUUAUACCAUAAAAGCGACUGUAUUUGAUCGCACGAUGACC